CAAAAUGGAUUUUGUCGUAGAAACGAUAUCAACAGAUUCGUUUUACUCCAACUUAUUGUUAGGUUUACCGAAAGUUUUAGAAAAAAAUAAAAGAUUUGGGAUUAAAAAGUUGUAUUUGAUGAGACACCAGCCGGUGCCUAACACUGAAAUUUGCGCCUGGGAGCAAAAAAAUGGGAUUUUGUUUCCGGAGGAUCUCAGAAAUUUUUAUUCAUCAACAGACGGGUUUUGUUACACUUGGUUUUGCGAAUACGGAAUGCGAAAAACAAACGUGACGGGGAAAUUAGAAAUAUCCCCGUUAAAUAAAGUUAUUCAAGUUGUUGGGUACCGAACUCACACCGAUCCGGGAGUCCAAUUAGACGGAGUUAAAUAUAAAUUAAAAUUGGGACAAAACAGCAAAGUUUUUGAGAUCUCUCAACUAGAAAACACCAAAAUUUGCGUCGUUUAUUUAACAACUAGAUUUGUUCCAACCAUAUGGCUUUGCACUCAAGACAUGCAAUUUUAUUAUUUAGCUGACAAUUUCACAAUGUAUUUUAGAAUGGCAAUAGCUCACUUAGGCUUUCCAUAUUGGCAGCUUUUAUACACUCCCCACGGAAUUCCCGAAUGGGCUAAAGUUCUUAUACGAUUAUUUUACCCAAAAAUGUUAAAUAAACGGACAAAAACCGUUGAAGUAAUAAAAAAGGAUCGCUCGAAAAAGCUACAAGAUAACUACCCCGUUAAUAAAUUAGACGUUAACGUUUUUAAAUAUCACACAAAAAGCAUUCGUCCAACCACAACGGUUGUUCGGCGAGAUAAAACACCUUCACCAUCAAAAUCGCCGAGGAAAAAGAAAUAUUAUUGGGUAAAAAUUAAUAUUAGUGAUGGAACGGAUAGUGAUUUAGCGAAAAGGUCCGAAUAUCCGGAUAUUGUCGAUUAA